GAAUGUUAAGCCAUUUUUGAAGCACUGUAAUAGAAAACAACUUUACUGUUUUACUUGCUGUGUGGUCGUACUUUUGUGCAAGGUUUUACUAGAAAAACCAAUCGAAACUAUGGCAGACAAGGCAGUAUCGACCAUGGCGAAGCCGCAGAUGCGCGGGCUCCUCAACAAUGUCAUCAAGCGCAACUUGAUUGUUGCCCUAGCACUGGCAGGUGUGGCCGGCUUCAGUUUCAAGCAGCUUGUUGGUAAUGAACGCAAGAGGCGGUAUGCUGAAUUCUACAGGACAUAUGAUGCGGAGAAGGAAUUCGAAGAGAUGCGCCAGAAAGGUUUAUUCCAAUCCUGCUAAUUUAUUGAACAACUCUGCUGUAGUAUUAAUAUUAUAAUUGCUGUGAAUAAUGUAAUUUAAAAAAAUAAAAAUCAAUUACUGAUUUCA